AUGAUCAAGGUCAAAAGUAUGGCGGCGGCUGCGGCUGCGGCGAGUGUGGUGGCCGAGAGUGUGUCUGCCAGAGGCGUGGUAAGGCUGAGAUGGAAAUCUAGGAAGCUUGUGGUGAUUUGCAGGAAGCUCUCAAUUGAUCCAAUCAGGUCAACUUACCAGGGAAGUGGCAGCCAAAGUAAAGUAGCCUUGUUGGCGCUGGACCCACAGAGGGUUCCUAGUUUGACUUUAGCGGCCGGCAAAACAUGCCGCGGGCUGUGA